UUCUAGCCUCUCUACUGGAGGACCUAGCACAACAAGGACCCCGUGAUGUCCUCUUGUGCCAUGGGCGUUCUACGGGGCCGCUCUGUGGUGGAUGGCUACGCCAGUGGGGAGGUGCUCCACUCCACGGUGGGCUUGAGCUUCUGGGGCGGGGUGUGCCCCAAAAGCGGCACCGUGGUGGACCGGCACCACCCGCUCAGCGGCGCCCGGUUGGAGGGCAAGAUCUUGGCCCUGCCCGGCGGUCGAGGUUCCUGCACUGGGAGCCAAGUGCUGCUGGAGCUUCUGCUGCAGGAGAAGGCCCCGGCGGGUUUGGUGCUGCAGGAGGCGGACGAAGUCCUGGCGCUGGGGGCGCUGGUGGCCUUGGAGUUGUUUCAGCGGCGGCUGCCGCUGCUGGUGCUGGGCGCCGAGGACUUCGCGGCGCUGGGCGCCGCGAGCCGUGCGCGCGGAGACUCCGCGUUCGCGGUGUCGCUGCGCGGGGAUCGCAUUUGGAGCGGAGCCGAGGGACCCGACAGAUCCGAGCGAUCCGAGAAGGAGGCGGCGGUUGAGGACUCCGUGGCGCUGAGCGCCUCGGACCGCGAGAUGCUGUCGGGCGCGCAGGGCCCGGCGCGGCAGGCGGCGCUCAGCGUGGUUCUGCGGCUCGCGCAGCUGCAGAAUGCGCGGCGGCUGAUCGACGUGUCGCAGGUCCACAUCGAUGGCUGCACCUACAUCGGCGCCAGCAGCCUCCGCUUCGCCGAGAAGUUGCUCCAGUGGAACGCGCAGGUGCGGGUGCCCACAACCCUCAACGCCAUCUCGCUGGACUUGAGUCAGGCUGAGCCGACGGCAGAGGGGAGGGAGGCAGCCAAGCUGGCCCGCGCCUAUGUGAAGAUGGGCGCGACUGCCAGCUUCACUUGCGCGCCCUACUUGCUGGACUCGGCCCCUCGCUUCGGCGAGCAAAUCGGCUGGGGAGAGUCCAACGCCGUGGUCUUCGCCAACUCCGUGCUGGGCGCCCGCACCCAGAAGUACGCGGACUUUUUGGACGCCAUGGUGGCCAUCUCCGGCCGCGCCCCCGAGGCCGGCUGCCACCUGGACGCCCAGCGCAAGGCCCAGGUGGUGCUACGACUCAACUUCGAGAGCACCUGCCUGAGCCGAGUGGACGACGCCUUUUGGCCCACGCUGGGCUAUUUGUGCGGCCUGAAGAGCCCGCGUCGGGUGCCGGCCAUUGUGGGCCUGGAGAACGUGGCGUUACCGACGAGGGAUGACCUCAAGGCGUUCAGCGCGGCCUUUGGCACCAGCUCCUCCGCCGCGAUGUUCCACAUGGUGGGCGUCACCCCUGAGGCCCCAGAUUUGCAGAGCGCCUGCGAUGAUGAGGUCGAGGAAGUGGAGCUCACGGACCAAGACUUGGCAGAAGUCUGGCAGACGCUGGACGCCGAUGAGAUCUCGCAAGUGGAUCUGGUGGCCCUGGGCAAUCCGCACUUCUCGCUGGCUGAGUUCGCUCGCCUCGCUGCGCUCUGCGAAAACCGGCGCAAGGAUCCCCGCGUGACGGUGGCAGUGACCGCCGGGCCGCAGGUGCUGGCGGCAUCGCGGGCUGAGGGCUACGCUUCCAAGUUGGAAGCCUUUGGGGUGCAGCUCGUGAGUGACACCUGCUGGUGCAUGCUCGGGGAGGUGGUGCCGGCGCCGAAAACGGUGCUGCCACCCAGCGCCAGGAGCCUCAUCACCAACUCCGCCAAGUACGCCCACUAUGCCCCAGGCCUGGUGAAGCGUCACGUCCGCUUCGGCUCCCUGGCGACCUGCGUGGACGCGGCCUGCGGAACUGGACCUCGUCCACCUCCCUGGCUCACCGGAGUGCAGCGUCGCGGCCACGCAAGCCUCGGGUUCGCGCGGGCCGCUUUGCGGAUGCUGCGCAGCUCGCUUCGGCUGGAGGCGACUGCGCGCCAUGAAGAGCUCUCGAAGGGCCAGUCGCAGCUGCGGGAUCAGGUCUGCGCUUUGAUCGACUUCUUGGCGCAGGCACACGUUGGAGUUCCGCAGAGACUGGAGAAAGGUGAGAAGGCACCGGUCGUUGAGAGUGCCGCGGGGGUUCUGCCUCUGGACUUGCAGCUGCCCAUGCAACAGGAUCCGGAGCAGGGCGAACGGCUUCGAAGAAUCUUCAGCCCGCCGGACGGGUCGCCGGAGCAGAAGCGGCGCCCGCGCCCGGAGAUGCUGGACGCGGAGCUCACGGAGAAAGGAGCCGAGGUCCCGAUGGGCACCGCCAAAUCCAUCGGAUCUCAGGCGCGGCCUCUGAGCCCUGCCGAGAGCACCGCCACGCCCUACGGCAGUCAGCGCAAAGGCGGCGCUGAGCGGCAGGUGACCGACCCGCGCACAAGCAAUUCAUGCCGCGGGACGCCCAGUGCCAUAGGCCCCGGGCCGUCGCAGGGCUGGCUUGCAUCGCCAGGGCCAUCGGUGUCAUCGCCGGCGCCACAACCCGUGGGCAUGGGCUACGGUGCGCCUGCGCCGCAGUUCCUGCGAGCUGCGCGCUACUCCUCGGGCACUCCGCCGGCUGGAGUCGCAAGCACCACCUCGCCCAUGAAGCGCCGAGUUUCUUCCAUCAUGCACGAGCCGCUGCCUCCAGGGGGAGGGCCUCAAAGCGGAUCCCUCCGCAUGCAGCCUUUCCAGGCGCAGGUGCGGGAGGUUCGGCGCAGCCAGAGUGUCCAGGCCCAGGCGCCGGUGCCAGUGCUCAUGCACACGCAAGGCUGCCGGGCGCAGUUCAAUGUGUAG